CUCCGGCCCGGCCCCGCGCGCGGUCCGCGAGGCGGCUCGGAGCCCACUUCUCCUCGGCUCGGCGCUCCCGGCCAUGGCGUCCCCUGCGGCCGGCGGGGUGGUGAUCGUCGGCAGUGGACUCAUUGGGAGAAGCUGGGCUAUGCUGUUUGCCAGUGGAGGCUUCAAGGUGAAACUCUAUGACAUUGAGCAACAGCAGAUAACAAACGCCCUGGAAAACAUCAGAAAGGAGAUGAAGCUGAUGGAGCAGUCAGGUGCUCUGAAAGGCUCUCUCAGUGCUCAGCAGCAGCUGGCACUCAUUAGUGGCUGUGGCAACCUGGCGGAAGCAGUAGAGGGCGCCAUGCACAUUCAGGAAUGUGUUCCAGAAAACUUAGAACUGAAGAAGAAGAUUUUUACCCACCUCGAUAGCAUUGUCGACGACAGCGUCAUCUUAAGCAGUUCCACCUCUUGUCUCCUACCUUCCAAGCUGUUUGGGGGUUUGGCACAUGUGAAACAAUGCAUUGUGGCUCAUCCUGUGAAUCCUCCAUACUAUGUUCCUCUGGUCGAGCUGGUCCCUCACCCGGAGACGGCUCCAACCACGAUGGACAGAACCCAUGCCUUGAUGCGGAAGAUUGGACAGUCUCCAGUGCGAGUCCUGAAAGAAAUCGAUGGGUUUGUCCUCAAUCGCCUGCAGUAUGCCAUCAUCAGCGAGGCCUGGAGACUGGUGGAGGAAGGAAUAGUGUCUCCUAAUGACCUGGACCUGGUCAUGUCAGAUGGGCUGGGGAUGCGGUAUGCAUUCAUCGGACCUCUGGAGACGAUGCACCUCAAUGCUGAAGGAAUGGUAAGCUACUGUGACAGAUACAGCGAAGGCAUGAAACAUGUCUUGAAGAGUUUUGGAUCUGUUCCAGAGUUCUCGGGGGCCACAGUGGAGAAAGUUAAUCAGGAUAUAUGCAUGAAGGUUCCUGAUGACCCAGUGCACUUAGCUGCCAGAAGACAGUGGAGGGAUGACUGUCUCAUGAGACUUGCCAAGCUGAAGCGUCAGGUGCAGCCCCAAUAAACUGUUGUCAUCUACUGUCACUCCUCCUGCUGUGAAUCCCCAUUUGGGGAAAUUCAAAGCACUUGAUCCAAUUCCUCUAAAUCAGUGAGAAGCACGCAGUGCUCCCCAUAGGCAGCCAUAGACACUCAGAGCCCAAGCCCACCUGGGUUGUCAUAGGAACACAUGGGCUCUUAGGCUCAGGUUUCCUACCAUCCGGGCAAAUAGUCCACAGAUUUUCACCUUUUCUUUCCAGAAGAAUUACACAUGGCCACAUUUUACAGCUAAUGAUUGCAGUUUCCUGUUACUUAAAUCUACUUCAAAAGUAUUUUUGUAAUCAUUUUCUAAUCCUUUUCUGAGUAUUCUGGGACCCUGCCAUGAGGUAACUACCUUCAUUGUGCUAGUGCUUAUUCUGAAUAAAAGUUUUUGAUUCCAUGAA